AUGAAUACACCGCAACUACAACAAAAAACCCAACAGAGGGAACAGCAAAACAAAGACGUACAAGAAGAGGAAUACGGAACGGUGUUCCGCAGAAGCAGCAGGAUACUCAGAUCCCCCAUACUCACCGACACCCCAAAGCAGACGGACAAAACUGGCGAAAAGGCAGACUCAAGGGAGACUCCGGCCCCACAAGCAGCACCGGCAAAGCAGGGAGAAGGGAAGAGUACCCCAGCUGCCACAAAAGACGGAAAUCAGAGCUCGCCGAAACAAGAAUACAUCACCCAAAUGAGACGAGCAGAAGAAGAAUCCCUGGAAAAGUGCAAGGGGAUAGUGCAAAAAAUGAAGUUGGCGAUGGCGAAGCAAAAGAACGUCAGCAGCAUGGACGUAAAGAACGGAGCGGCACAGCUAGACGAGCUCUUCGACGUCAUUAAGAGCUACCGCAGAAAUUGGCUCACUGCAGAAACCGAGAAAAGGCGGGUACACCUAAGCAGACGCAUCGCGACCCCGAGUCAGCAACCUCGAAGCGGCGUGCGACAAGCCCCGUGGAGCCGCGAGAAACAGUGCGACCACGACACGAAAACGACAGCCAGUGGCAAAAAGUUUUGCCAAAAAGCCAGGAAAACUCACGUCAACGAAGGAACGAGGGAAGAAGCGCCUAAAAACGCAAACAAGAGGCAACCAGCCAACAACAUGGCCGCAAACCAGAAAGGAAAUAACAGGCCGAAACGACAAACAGAGGCCGUUAUAAUAAAACCAGCAGAAGGAAACAGCUACGCCGAAGUCCUCAAGAAUAUCCGUAGCAAGGUAGAUCUUAAAGAGGCAGAAGUCAAAAUCAAAGGGAUCCGCAAAACAAGAGCCGGAGCCCUAUUACUAGAGCUAGAGAAGGGACAGUCCACAAAGACCAGCUUCUGUGAGGCACUUAAAUCCACUCUCAAAGAGACUGCAACUGUAGCCGACCUGAAAACUAAGGUUACUAUAGAAAUUAGAGACCUCGACUCGCUGACAACAAAAGAAGAAGUAGCAGGGGCUGUCAAAGAAGCGCUACAGGACCCCACUGAAGGCUUGGCGAUCAACAUAACAGCUCCUAACACAAGAGAGCAGGUAAGGGCAUACCUAACGCUGGACCAGGAUAGAGCUGAUGCACUAAUGCGACAGGCACGCAUCAAAAUCGGCUGGGUUAGCUGCAGGCUGCGGCUGAAAGAAACCCCCAAGAGGUGUUUCCGCUGCUUUGGUCCAGGACACUUAACCUGGGACUGCAAAGGGCCCGAUAGAAGGGGACAAGGUGUUUGCAUAAAAUGCGGCCAACCAGGUCAUAAAUUGAAAGAUUGCGAGAAGCUUCCUUCAUGUUGCCUUUGCAAAGAGGCCAAACAUGAAAAAAUCGAUCACAUCCCGGGCUCCGCAAAAUGCACGGUAUAUAGGAAUUACCGAGGCAAAUGA